AUGUCAAAUAUCGAUCUCGAAAAAGUUCUCCCCAGUACCAACCCCCGCACCUCCAACAUCAAGAUGUCGUUCCCAAUUCUCAUCGCUUACAUCGGUCUUUACGUCGGAACCUACUACCUCGGUCCCACUGGCCCUGGAUCCGAGCAUCGCGACGGCGACUCCGGACGUAUACCACCUCUGGCGAUCGUGCUUACACUUCUCGGGCCUGAACUCAUUCAGAAAACAUUCGCUAUUACGACUGUGAUCUCGAAGACAGAGUCUCCAUGUUUCGGCUUCGGGUGGCUAGCUUGUAGCUUGUCACUCUUGUCGUCAGUCACGUCUGGUAGUGGUGAUUUGAUGCGGGAACCGGAGUGCGAUGUGAAGGUUUUGGACAUGAAGACGGGGAAGAGACGGUCGAACAAGGAUUUUGCUGUUGCAAAGCUGCUCCGUGACUUGGAGUUUCGCUCUGUUCCACCCAGCGUCGAUGGCAGCUUUGAUCAGGGUAGCGAGGUCGUCGUCGAAAUCCUCCAGCCCACUGGCAUACCCUCCUCCUCUGCCUCCUUCAGAAACCUACUCCAGAGCGGCAGCUUGAUGACCGCAAUCCUCCAAUUCUGUCUUGCCGGCGCAUUCUGGUUCUUUUACGCCGACCUCUCACCACUCCUCCUACUAAGCAUAUCAAUCUUGCUUAUCGAAGCUACUGCCAGCCUACCCGUCUGGACUGCUCAGAAGCACGCUUCCUUUACCCGGAAUAAUUGGAACGGCGCGUACGCACUCAUGCGCAACACCGACUCCCCACCCAGCCGCAUCUACAUCAUCCAGCCCUCCUCAACGGCAUCCACCAAGACCGAAGGCAUGACCACACAUCACGACACACCCAGCAACGCCUCAAAUCCUUGUAUCUCACCCGUUAUCCUCAUCGCUGGUGCUUUCUUGAACCAAGCACUCCUUUACACCCAACUCUCAGAUAACGCAGCGUGUGUUAUGCUGCUUAUCAUGUUCGUUGGUACGAUUAGUAACAUUGCUAUCGUUGCUGUGCCGCGCGUGCCGCAGGUCGAUGGUGUGAAACUAGGAUCUGUUGGUGUGAUCAAAGGGGAGGGGAGUGUCGUGGAGGUUUUGAAGGACGUUGAGGCGGCGUUUGAGGGGUAUGGAGAUGUGCUACUGAAGCAGUGUUUCCCUGAGAUGAUCGGAAAAUGGGGGGCUGAAGUAGAGAAGGUGAAGAUGGGCGAGAUGGAUUAA